UUGACUGAAAUACAGAAAGGAGUGAAGAAACAAGAGCUCAAGAAGCAUAAGCCAAGGAAGCUAGGCAAAAGAGGAAAAGUUGGUCUCAUGAAGAAGUGGUCGCCAAACCAUAGAAAACCUUUUUCUGCAACAAUGGGUUAUGGAAGAUCAAGAGACAUCACUUGUAACAUACGACCUCGGUCAGCACACUCUGCAACUUAUGUUGGACAAAAAAUAUUCCCAGCCCUUGGACCUCAGGCAUAUUCACCUACUGAAAAAAGGCCAUUUUCAAGAAAGAAAACAAAACAGUGCAAUGAAGGCUAUAAAUCCUCUAAUGAAAAAGAUAUAAGAGUGGUGUUCUUGAGGAAAGAAAAUGAACGAAUUAAGCAAACGGAAGAACAAAGUUUGACACAAGAAUUUGAAAGAAGAACAUUUUCUCACAGAUACUGUUUCACACCUAACAACUCUCAGCAAUAUCAAACUUUAGAUUAUUCCAACAUUGUAUCUGAAUCAUUUUUUGCCCUGAUGAAGCCUUUCAAACAACAACAAAGACGCCCAUAUACGGUGAUGGAAGAAACUACCAUUAACCUUCCUAGGGACUUCCCUUACAGGCUGGCCUGGGGGACACCAACUACUCAAGAUCUGAACAUAAAACUUUAUCAUCCUAAAUUGAAACUGAGAAAAGAACACGGAACAAGCAGAGUGAUUCAAGAACGAGCUUUGCAACCAACCAGAUCAAUUCCAGACAAAGGGAGAUACACCUUAGUGAACGACCCAAAUUCAUCACCUUCAAUUCCCUCUAUGAGUUCACUGGAAAGCAGGUUGCUUGGUGCCCGUUUCCCUGCACAGAAAGAAAGGAUUCUACGUUCUCUCUUCUGAGACAUGCGGGAAGCCAAGUAGUCUUAUUCAUUUCUUUCACCAGCUUCAUUGUAGCAAAUAAGCCAUUUUCAACAUCUUUACUUCUUGCAUAGUAAUACAUAGGUAAAAGCACAUUCUUCCUCCACUUCCCCUCCAAACCAAUGUAAUAGCACAUUCUCCCUUUAUAGUAUUUGAAUAAAUUAACCUGGUUUGAUUAGCCAUGCAAUCACACCAGCAUCUGAGCCUCCACAUUUCAUUGUGUAGCAUGAAUUAUUUUUAUGAUGUACUUUUUGCAGCUUCUAAUCUAUUCUUACAUGAAUAUUUUGUCAAUGAAGUAGUUUUUGAAG